AUGGAGCUGCUUGUGACUGCCAUGAAUAAGUCAUCCAUCUUGAACGAAAAGAAUCCAUCAGACAUAUUAUCGACGCUGUGUUGCGAUUCAUUUAAUACUAAUUGCUUGCAAAGAGUCUGCAAAACAUGUGCGUCUCGAAAUCUUAUAUAUAGAGAGUUUAAUAAUGAGAUAGAUUUAACAUUUUUUGAGUGGAUAAAAGUUACGAAAGAAGUUAUUUUGGAAAACGGAACUAAGAAAAGACAAAUAAUAACACUGAAACAAAAGGUAGUUAUGAAACCUAUGGAAGCCAUUGCAAAACUGGAAAAUGAACUGACAAAGUAUAUGGACCAUACAUAUAAAAUUUGUAAUCAAUACAAAGUUAUAAAAUGUCUGAAAGAAAACUUAAAUAUUCAUGAAGCUGUAGUACACGUGGACUUUUCUGAAAAUUAUAAUUUAAAAUAUGCCCAAGAAAUUCAAUCGUUCCACUUCGGAGGAAGUCGGCAACAAGUUUCACUUCAUACAGUUGUGAUUUACACGCAUAGUUUUAUAACUGGUGAGGUAUGCCUUAUAUCAAUGUGUACCCUUAGCUCCUGUCUUCAGCAUGACGCUGCUUCUAUUUGGGCUCAUUUAGUUCCUGUUCUUGACGAAGUCAUAAGUCUUAAUCCUUUCGUGGAUACUGUUCAUUUUCUUUCCGAUUCUCCGUCAUCACAAUAUAGAAAUAAAUAUAUGUUUUACAUUAUAAGUCAAUUGACAUCCAGCCAUUCCAAUAUAACAAGAAUUACGUGGAACUAUUCAGAAGCUGGACAUGGAAAGGGUGCUCCUGACGGUGUAGGUGCUACUGUAAAAAGAACAGCUGACCAGAUGGUCCAUUUCGGUUUAGAUGUUGGAAAUUUUGAUCAGUUUUAUGAAAUUAUAAGUUCAAGAAUAGAUAACGUUAUUAUAAAAAGAGUUACUGAAGAAGAAAUAAUUCAGAAAAAAAGAUUGAUUCCUGAGAAGUUGAAACCAUUCAGAGGCACCCUUUCUGUGCAUCAGGUUCUGUGGGAUAAGUUUAUACCUAGAAUUACUAUGAGAAACGCGAGUUGUUUUUUAUGUAAUGUGGGUGACGUGUGCGCGCAUGGCAAGCAUUUGGGAUAUAUCAAUAGUAUGCCUGUGAUUCAAAACGAUAAUGAAAAUAUUGAUUUUGUAAUUCCUCUAGCAAAUACCAAACCUAAAUCUGUAAAACCGAACAAAAUCAAAAUUAUUUCUAAUAUUUUAAUUGACGUCACUAAUAAAAUUAAACCUACAAGUCACGAUCUUGUGGGCACUAACAAU